CCCGCCAAAGAGAAGGGACCGUAACAAUUCCCGGGAUUUUCAUCCUACAAUUCCCGCCACCAUUGAAGUUGAAGGUAAGCCGCCUCCCUUCCUUAUUCUUUACACUUGAAAGAAAAAGAAAACAGGUUCUGCAUCCAUUCGUUACUGUGUUCAGUUUCUGUUAUCAAGAACAAAAAUGUCUUCAUCGAAGCGCCAGAGUAAUGGCAGAUCACCACUGGUCAAUCCUCAGCGCCAAAUAACUUCCUUCUUCUUCAAGACUACCUCCGCUUCCCCCUCUCCUUCUCCUUCUCCUUCUCCUUCUCCCACUUUUUCCAAAUUAAACCCUAAUAAAUUGAAACCGAACCCUAACCCUAGCUCUCAACGCAGUCCCAGUCCCAGUCCGAGCCCGAGCCCGAGCCCGACUACCCCAUCCCCCCUCCAAUCUAAGCGUAGUAAACCUCGCCUUGUCAUCGGGGAAAACCCACCUCCUCCUCCUUUAAUCCCUGCCACCACCAAAUCCUACGGAGAAGAAGUUUUGGAAAAGAGGAUCAGGGUUUACUGGCCCUUGGAUAAGACAUGGUACGAGGGUUGUGUAAAAUCUUUUGAUAAGGAAUGUAAUAAGCAUUUGAUUCAGUAUGAAGAUGGCGAAGAGGAACUGUUGGAUUUGGGAAAGGAAAAGAUUCAGUGGAUCCAGGGGAGUGUAACUGGUUUUAAACGACUGCGUCGUGGUUCUUCUCUGGCAUUCAAGAAUGUGGUGAUUGAAGACGAUGAGGAAAUGGAGGGUGUAGAGGAGGAUAAUAGUGAUGGUAAGAGUGACUCAAGUGAUGAUGAUUGGGACAAGAAAGCAGAGACGGAGCAGUUGAGUGAGGAUGAGGAAGUGGAUUUGGUAGAUGAACAAGAGGAGAAAAUGUCUAGAGGGAAGAAGCGGAAAGCGGAUGGAGGAGGGAAGAAGAGUAAGAGUGGUGGGGAUUUAGUUAAAGGAGGGUUUAAGGUUUCUGUUGUGGAGCCUAUGAAGAAUCUUCAGAUUGAGAAGGUAUCCAAUGGUUCUGAUAAGGCACUAGUGGGCGAUGCAUCGGAAAGGUUUAGUGCACGUGAGGCAGAGAAGUUUCGCUUCCUUGGACCAGAUCGUCGUGAUGCAAAAAGAAGACAUCCUGGGGACGCAAAUUAUGAUUCAAGGACUCUAUACUUGCCUCCCGAUUUCUUAAAGAGUCUAUCAGGUGGCCAGAGACAAUGGUGGGAGUUUAAGUCAAAGCAUAUGGACAAGGUUGUCUUUUUUAAGAUGGGCAAAUUUUAUGAACUUUUUGAAAUGGAUGCACAUAUAGGAGCUAAAGAACUUGACUUGCAAUACAUGAAGGGAGAACAACCUCAUUGUGGGUUUCCAGAGAGGAACUUCUCAAUGAAUGUGGAGAAAUUGGCUAGAAAGGGAUAUCGAGUUCUUGUGGUGGAGCAAACAGAAACACCUGAGCAGAUGGAGCUUCGUCGGAAAGAGAAAGGUUCUAAGGAUAAGGUUGUGAAACGAGAAAUAUGUGCAGUAGUCACGAAAGGAACCUUAACUGAGGGAGAGUUGCUAUCAGCAAACCCUGAUGCUUCGUACCUAAUGUCAGUUACUGAAAGCUGCCAGACUCUUGGAAGCCAAAAUGCAGAGCAUGUUUUUGGUGUUUGCGUGGUUGAUGUUGCUACAAGCAGGAUAAUUCUUGGACAGGUUGCGGAUGAUUUUGAUUGCAGUGCACUGUGUUGUCUUUUAUCUGAGCUAAGGCCUGUAGAAAUUAUUAAACCUGCUAAUAUGCUUAGUCCUGAAGCUGAAAGAGCAAUAUUGAGAAAUACAAGAAAUCCCUUGGUGAACGAGUUGGUCCCUCUUUCAGAAUUUUGGGAUGCAGAGAAAACCGUUGAGGAAAUUAAAACUGUCUAUAAGUGUAUCAGUGAUCAAUCAGCUUCUGCAUUGUCAAGUAGAGCAGAUUCACAUGCUGUUAAUUCUCUUACCGAGAAAGAUGAGUUGAGCUGCCUUCCAGAUGUUUUGUCGGAGCUAGUGAACUCUGGUGAGAAUGGGAGCUUAGCUCUUUCAGCACUUGGAGGCGCCCUGUAUUAUCUAAAGCAGGCUUUUCUGGAUGAGACAUUGCUUAGAUUUGCAAACUAUGAAUUUCUUCCAUGCUCUGGUUUUGGUGAUAUUGCCAGGAAACCAUACAUGGUUCUUGAUGCUGCUGCAUUGGAGAACCUUGAGAUUUUUGAGAACAGUAGAAAUGGUGACGCUGCUGGGACGCUGUAUACACAGCUGAAUCAUUGUGUGACAGCAUUUGGGAAGAGGUUGCUUAAGACAUGGCUAGCUAGACCUUUAUAUAAUUCAGGAUUAAUUAAGGAACGCCAGGAUGCUGUUGCUGGUUUAAGGGGAGUAACCCUACCUUUUGCACUUGAAUUUCGGAAAGCCUUGUCUAGGCUUGCAGACAUGGAGCGGUUGCUUGUGCGCAUCUAUGCUAGCAGUAAAGCUAAUGGAAGAAACGCAAAUAAAGUAGUUCUAUAUGAGGAUGCAGCAAAGAAGCAGCUUCAAGAGUUCACAUCAGCGCUGCGUGGUUGUGAAUUAAUGGCUGAAGCAUGUUCUUCACUUGGUGUUAUUUUGGACAAUACCGAUUCAAGACAGCUACAUCAUAUGUUAACUCCUGGUAAAGGUCUUCCUGAUAUCCUUUCAAUUCUUAAGCAUUUCAAGGAUGCCUUUGAUUGGGUGGAAGCCAAUAAUUCUGGACGUAUAAUACCUCAUGAAGGAGGUGAUGUGGAGUAUGACAAUGCCUGUAAAAAAGUUAAGGAGAUAGAAUCUAGUUUGACAAAACACCUCAAGGAACAGAGAAAAUUACUUGGAGACACAUCAAUCACUUAUGUCACAGUUGGAAAAGACACAUAUUUGUUGGAGCUACCAGAAAGUUUGCGUGGAAUUGUUCCUCAGGAUUAUGAGUUACGUUCCUCCAAAAAAGGCUUCUUCAGGUACUGGACUCCAAGUAUUAAGAAGUUGUUGGGAGAGCUUUCACAAGCUGAAUCUGAAAAGGAGUCAGCAUUGAAGAGCAUAUUGCUGAGGUUAAUUGGACAAUUUUGUGAACAUCAUAAUAAGUGGAGACAGUUAGUUUCUACAACUGCAGAACUGGAUGUUUUAAUCAGUUUAGCUAUCACAAGUGACUUUUAUGAAGGCCCAACAUGCCGUCCAGUUAUCUUAAACUCAUCAUCUUCAAAUGAAGUGCCACACUUUUCUGCAAAAAGUUUAGGACAUCCUGUUCUCAGAAGUGAUUCUUUAGGCAAGGGUGCAUUUGUCCCCAAUGACAUUACCAUUGGUGGUUCUGGUAAUGCCAGUUUUAUACUUCUCACUGGUCCUAACAUGGGAGGAAAGUCAACCCUUCUUCGCCAAGUAUGCUUAGCUGUGAUAUUGGCUCAGGUAGGAGCAGAUGUCCCUGCAGAAAGCUUUGAGCUGUCACCUGUUGACCGAAUCUUUGUUCGGAUGGGUGCCAAAGAUCAUAUUAUGGCAGGCCAGAGCACAUUUUUAACAGAGCUUUCAGAAACUGCAUUGAUGCUGUCAUCUGCAACUUGUAAUUCACUGGUGGUGCUAGACGAACUUGGACGUGGGACAUCAACUUCAGAUGGACAAGCCAUUGCGGAAUCUGUUCUUGAACAUUUUGUUGAUAAGGUGAAAUGCCGUGGAAUGUUUUCAACUCACUAUCAUCGGUUAGCUGUGGACUAUAAGAAAGAUACCAGGGUCUUACUCUGCCAUAUGGCCUGCCAAGUCGGAAAACAAAUAGGAGGUGUAGAAGAAGUUACAUUUCUUUAUAGGUUGACCCCUGGUUCAUGUCCUAAAAGCUACGGUGUCAAUGUUGCACGACUAGCUGGACUCCCUGACUCUGUGCUUCAAAAGGCUUCUGCAAAGUCCAAAGAGUUUGAGGCUCUAUAUGGUAAACGCAAUAAGGAAUCCAAGGAUGAACUGUCCAUUCACUAUUGUGCUGAUAAGAUGAUGGUCUUCAUCCAAGAUUUUAUCAAUGGCACCACAACAUUAAGUCACCGGUCUGAGGAGAAUGGUGUUAGUUACCUAAAUGAACUUCAGCACAGAGCAAGAUUACUUACGCAGCAAAACUAAAGGUUCCUGCUGUUUAAAAGACUAUAUAUGUCAAAUCUGCUUGUAGAUCUAUAUCAUUAUGGUGGUACAGAAUUUUUCUGCCGACUCUUGGAUUGGUAAUUUUGACAGUGGACCAUUGGUUUCGACAUCAAGAGUGAAAACUGGACCUUGUUUCAAUUUUCAUGGAGCAUUUAAGUAAAAUUAGAUACAACAAUGUAUAAGGUGGCUCACUAUUUGGUAAUUUAGGUUGGGCAGCUGUAGGAAUUGUAGUUAGAUUUGUUAGGAAUUGUAGUUAGAUUUGUUAGGAAUUGUUGAGGCCUUUAUUUUUCUGUGAUUGGAAGAAAUGAUUGUGCUUCCAGUGUGUACAUGGUUGUGAUGUGGAUUUCGGUGAUUCAAUUCUCUUAACAAAAGGACAAGGUUGUUGGUCUUGCCCAUAUAUGUAAAGACGUCGGACGAUAAUUCAAAUGACUUGUUUUUGAAGU